CCCGUGCUGACGGCCCGCACCUUCACCAUGGCCUCGGCCGAGCUGGAUUACAGCAUCGAGAUCCCGGAUCAGCCCUGCUGGAGCCAGAGAGCAGCGAGACUCUAGAAAGGCAUUUUGGGGAGUAGGGAAACCGGAGACCCGUUUUCUUGCUUGUGUUAAGAACAGAUGGGUUCCUUGUGUCAUGCUUCCAGCUUCCGGUUAAGAGCAGCCAGCGUCAGAGAACAGACAAGAUGGGAAGGAAGCCGGGAAGCAACAGCCGGUGGUGAUUCUCUUGGGCUGGGGAGGCUGCAGGGACAAGAACCUGGCCAAGUAUAGUGCUAUCUACCACAAAAGGGGCUGCAUUGUGAUCCGAUACACGGCCCCCUGGCACAUGGUCUUCUUCUCCGAGUCCUUGGGCAUCCCUUCACUCCGUGUGAUAGCCCAGAAGCUGCUGGAGCUCCUCUUUGACUACGAGAUUGAGCGGGAGCCUCUGCUCUUCCACGUCUUCAGCAAUGCCGGGGUCAUGCUCUACCGCUACGUGCUGGAGCUCCUACAGACCCACCAGCGCUUCCGCCAUUUGCAUGUGGUGGGCACCAUCUUUGACAGUGGUCCUGGCGAUAGCAACCUGAUAGGGGCCCUGAGGGCCUUGGCAACCAUCCUGGAGCGCCGACCUGCCGUGCUGCGCCUGAUGCUCCUGGCAGCGUUUGCCCUGGCGGUGAUCCUGUUUCACUUCCUGCUUGCUCCAUUCACUGCCCUCUUCCACACCCACUUCUACGACAGGCUGCAGGACUCAGGCUCCUGCUGGCCUGAACUCUACCUCUACUCCAGAGCUGAUAAGGUCGUCUCGGCCAGGGAUGUGGAACGUAUGGUAGAGGCACGCCUGGCUCACCAGGUCAUGGUGCGUGGAGUAGACUUUGUGUCAUCUGCGCAUGUCAGCCACCUCCGAGACUAUCCUACUUACUAUACAAGUCUGUGUGUUGACUUCAUGCAUAAUUGUGUCCAGUGCUGAGGUCCCGCUCCGGAAAUAAACGCCAACACCUCUUUCAACCUUUA